AAAAUUCAUAUUUAUUUUUAAAAGUUUGGAAAAAUGUUUAUAUAAGAUCUAUUAUUAUUGGGCACUUGAAGCUAUUUAAUAUUCACUAUUACCAAAGAGUUAUAAAUAACGAAGAAGACGUCAAGUCAUUAAAAAAAUAUAAAUAUAAAGAUUAUUUAAGGGCCAUUAAAAUCAAUUUAAAGAAUGAACAAAAAUCAUUAAUUGUAGAUCUAUUAAACAGCUUACCAAGCUCAGUGGAUUCAAUCGAGUUUGAUGGAUUAAAGUAUUAUUAUUCAAACUCUGAUGAGUAUAAUGAAAGCGAACAUGACACAUGUAGCUCAUCUAGUGAUGAAAGUAGUGAAGAUAAUAGCAGUAGCGAUAAUUUAGCACCAUAUAACCAAAACCACCAACAUCAUUUUAAUCACAAUCCAAUUCAGCAAUACCAACAUCAUUUAUACCAUAACCAAUCUAAACCUCACCAUCACCACCACCACCACCACCAUCAUCAUCAUCAUCAUCAUCAUGGGAGUAGUAUUCAUCAUUUUCAUUAUAAAGAGCAUGAAAAAAUUAAUAGUAAAUAUUAUCAAAAAUCAACUAGUAAUAAUAAAGAAUUUAAAUAUAUUGUUGAUUUAAUUAAUAAUAUACCAGAUACAGUUGUAAAUAUCAGAACAUCAAACCAGUUUAAUUCCCCUAUACCAAGCUCGACUAAAUUACCAAAUAGAUGGAUAAAAAUAGAGCUAUCAGACAUGUUUAAUCAACCUUUAAGCAGAGUGCCAGCAAUUACACUUGGUAAUAAUUUACAGGUGCUUCAAUUGGGUAGCCCAACUAGUGGAAGAUUUAAUCAACCUAUUGAACCUGGAGUAUUGCCUGCAUCUAUAACCAAACUGGGUUUAUCAUAUGAAUUUAAUCAAAAGUUAUUACCAAAUAGUAUUCCUCCAAAUGUUACUCAUCUUACUUUUGGAAAUAGAUUCAAUCAAUCCAUUAAAAUGGGAGUUCUACCAUCGAAAAUUAAAUAUAUUUAUUUUGGGAACAUGUUCAAUCAAAAUAUUAAACCAAGGGUUUUACCGGAUUCACUAGAGACAUUAGAGUUUUCAGCAUUUGGAGAAUUUAAAAGAAAACUAAAAGAGGGUAGUCUUCCGCCCAAUGUAAAAACUUUGAUGUUUGGUCACAUCAAGAGAUUGAUAUUUGGUCAUGACUAUAAUCAAACAUUAAAUGAAUCAUUCCAUUCAUUAGUAAACCUCGAGUAUUUAGAAUUUGGUUCUAUUUAUAAUAAAUCUAUUGAUGUGGGAAUUCUUCCUUCUCAUUUAAAGACAUUAGUGUUUGGUAAUAGAUUUAAUCAAUUCAUUAAAGAAGGCUCUUUACCAGAAUCAUUGGUUUCAAUUAUACUGGGAACCGAAUUUCAAAAACCUUUAGUAAACCAAUCAGUAUUACCAAGAAAGUUAAAGACCAUUCAUUUUGGUGAUUGUUUUAAUAAACCGUUAAAGAUUGGGGUGUUGCCCAUAUCGAUGGAACAAUCAUUAACAAUAAACAAUAAUAAUUGUAAUAUUAAUAAUUUUAGUAAUAAUAUAUCAAUAUUCCCUAGUUAUGGUUUAAAGGUAUUGGUUUUUGGGUCAAACUUUAAUAUGCCAAUAGAGCCAAACGUAUUACCAAACUCUUUAACUAAGCUCGAUCUUGGUCAAAGGUAUAAUCAUCCUCUUCAAAUUAACUCCAUCCCCAGAAGCGUCACCCAUUUAGAGUUAUCAUAUUUUUAUAAUCAUCAAAUUGGAGUAGGAGUUUUACCAUCAAAACUAAAGUCUCUGUAUAUAAAAGGUUUAUUCAAUCAAACUAUUGAACCUAAGGUUUUGCCGAAUAGUCUUACUGCACUUGUAUUUGGACAGUUUUUCUAUAACCAACCAAUAGCCGACAAUGUACUUCCAUCAACACUAAAAGAACUUAAAAUAAAAGGUUUAUUUAAUCAACAACUACCACCUUACAUAAAUCACAUAGAAAGUUUGGAGCUGGGUGAAUCAUUUAAUAAUUUUAAUAAUUUAAUUCAAUUUAAUAAUUUAAAAUAUUUAAAUAUAUGUAUAAAUAAUAAUAAUAUAAUAUCACUACCAUCAUCAAUUACAAUACUAAAUAUAAACUAUAGUUACAAUAGCUAUAAUAAUAAUAGCGAUAAUAACCAUAACCAAUUUAGAAUUAACGACAGCUUCUUACCAAGUAACAUCAAAGUCAUAAAUAUAAUAGGUAAUCCAAUAGUUGAACUGCCACUACCGCCAACUUUAGAAACGAUAUAUAUUCAAAACGAUAACAUCAGUAUAUUAAAAAACUAUGAUUUAUUUUAUCAAAUAUACGACAUUAUUAGAGUUAUAGACUGUAAUAAUAAAACAAAAAUAAAACAUAAAUAAAUAUUUAAAAUUACC